GACAGAUUUAUCUCAACCCUUACAUCAAUCACUACAUUGGGUAUUUUCCUAUUUCAUCGCUCAAUUGAUCGACAUGGCACCUAGUAAAGAACACACGCAUCCCCUGCAUCACCUCGGCAGUUGGAUGCCUUCAGAUCAUGACGCCCACCGAGAAUGGCUAGGCGGGGUGAUCAAGCACGUAGACAACAAUGAAAAAGAGCUCCACCCAGUUCUAAAGGAAUUUCAGGAUCUAAUCGAAACAAAUACACGGGUGUACAUGUUGCUUGAGGGCAUGUUCAAGGAAGUCCCAAAGAAGAAGCCAUACAGCCAAGAUCCAACAGGCCACCCCGAAAUCCGUGACUACAAGCACUUUCUCCAGGUCCUCAACCACAUGUUGACAACGGCUCCAUCAUGGACUGACAAAGCCCACCGCGUUGGUUUGGUCGGUUUACCCAUCAACGCAGUGCUAGACUGGCCAAUGGGCACACCAAGUGGCUACGCCGCGUUCCUAGACCCAGAGAUCAACGCCAUGUUGAAAAAGGUUCUAAAUGCCUGGGGCGAGUACCUGCGUUCGCCGGCAUCGGCCGAUGUCCUGAACAAAACUUCGAAUGGAUGGUUUGGUGAGACGGGGCACCGGGACCUCACUACCGUGGCUAAGAUUGGUCCCACGGCUACUGAAACCCUCGAAUUCCAUGAGAUGUUCCACUGUGACCCCUCUGCACCAAACUACGGCUACAAGUCAUGGGACGACUUCUUCACUCGUCUAUUCCGCGAUGGAAUGCGCCCGGUCGCGGAACCAGAUAAUGAUCGGGUUCUAGCUAAUGCGUGUGAGUCGAGACCAUUCAGACUCGCGCACAACGUAAAGGCCCGCGAUAGAUUCUGGAUUAAGAGUCAACCGUACUCUGUGCUGGAUAUGCUGGCUCAUGAUCAGUAUGCUGAGCAGUUCGUUGGUGGUACGAUCUACCAAGCAUUUUUGAGUGCUCUGAGUUACCACCGUUGGCAUACGCCUGUUUCAGGAAAGGUUGUGAAGGCCUUUGUUGCUGACGGGACAUACUAUUCUGAGCCCCUGUUUGAGGGAGUGGGCAAUCCGCUGCCUCAUGCGCAGGACAUUGAUAUUGCUGGUCAGGUCACCUCGCAGGCAUAUAUUACCUCGACUGCUACCAGGGCUAUCAUCUUUAUUGAGGCUGAUGAGCCGGCUAUUGGCCUCAUGGCCUUUAUUGGUGUAGGUAUGGCUGAAGUCUCUACUUGUGAUAUUACUGUCAAGGAAGGUCAGCAUAUCACCAAGGGUGAUGAGAUUGGUAUGUUCCACUUUGGUGGAUCUACUCAUUGUCUCCUCUUCCGGAAAGGUGUCAAUGUCUCCGGAUUUCCUGAGCCGGGUAUGGAGGAGAAUAUGCCAGUUCGGAGCCGACUGGCUGUUGUUUCAUAG